UUUUUUUUUUUGUUCAAACCCUAGUUUAGACCCUUUGGAGACAUUCUAUCAAAUUUUGUUUUGGUUUCCUCCGAGUUUGCUCUCUUGCUGGACGUCUUUAUUGAUUUCGCAGCGUUGGUGUCGGUUCCUUGCCUCGAUUUUGCGAACAUGGACGGAAUUCAGCUGCCACACGAUGUGCUCGGAUCGCAUGACUCGCUGCGACACGGUUUGCCUGCGUUUAAGAACGAUAUGUUGCCCGUUCAUCCCGUGGAGAUCAUUCAACGAACUUCCAAAAGCAUGCAGGCGCAGACGAAACGCACCUUGCUUGAGAGGGCUUAUGGCUCAGCUUUCCCUAUGAAAAUGGACAUUGAACGUCAAAUUCUGACACGAUUCCAGCGCCCAACUGGCCUUAUUCCUUCAUCCAUGCUUGGUCUUGAGUCAUUGACUGGAGAAUUAGACGAAUUUGGAUUUGAAGACUUCUUGAAUGAUCCGAAGGAGUCGGAUACGUUCGUUCCUCAGGAUAUGCAUGAAAGCAUGGAGGUUCGGCUUGGUCUGUCAAAGGGCCCCGUUUCACGCAUGUUCUUUUAAUCUUCGUUAAAGUUAUCAGUGAAGAUGCUAACUUUUUGAGUCGUGUGAUGGAAUUGUAGAACAACGUUGCAUCACUGUGGUCACGAAGUGCAUCUUGCCGACUGUGGCUUUGUUGAACUACGUAGAAUGUACAUACGAUUAAAUGCUAAUCGUCUUACCUUCAGUCAUCUCUGGCAUUUUGGUGUUCUAAUCUGCUUUUCUUAAAAAUAUCUUCGUUUACCUUU